AUGGCCAGAGAUGACCCCGUUGUCCGAGUCACCACACUGCUGGAUUUCCUAGACAGGACACUCACAUCAGCGUCACGUCGAACAGGCAGCAAAGAGGGCUCGUCCCGUCCCCGCGUCUCACUGAAAGAGACAGCACAAGCAGUAGGAGCGAAACAGCGCGAGCCCGUAUGGGGGAGCGUAAAUCCUACUACUGUAAUUUUCUUUCCUUUAUCCCUAAAGGUAUCUGGCUACUCUGGUUCUCAUGGGAUACCAGCCAUGGCAGGCAGCAUUUAUCCUGGGCAAGCUUCUCUCUUGGAUCAAACAGAUUCCUGGAACCAUCGACCUCAGGAAGUAUCAGUGUGGCAGCCAAACAUGGAGGAUUCAGGCACUUUGGAUGUACGAGGAAUGGGGCAGGUUCUACCCACACAUCUCAUGGAGGAGAGAUUAAUACGACAGCAACAAGAGAUGGAAGAAGAUCAACGCUGGCUUGAAAAAGAGGAACGAUUCCUGAAACCUGAUGUACGGCUCUCCAGAGGCAGCAUCGAACGGGAGGAUGGAGGUCUCCAGGGCCCAGCUGGUAACCAGCACAUAUAUCAGCCUGUGGGUAAACCAGAUCAUGCAGCUCCACCAAAGAAGCCCCCUCGCCCUGGAGCCCCCCACUUGGGCAGCCUCGCGAGCCUGAACAGCCCUGUGGACAGCUACAAUGAAGGUGUGAAGCCAUGGAGGAUCAAGCCGCAGGAAAUCAGCCCUCCUCCUACGGCCAACCUGGACCGCUCCAAUGACAAAGUCUAUGAGAAUGUAACCGGGCUGGUGAAAGCUGUCAUAGAGAUGUCCAGUAAAAUACAGCCAGCUCCGCCAGAGGAGUAUGUGCCCAUGGUAAAGGAGGUUGGCUUGGCACUGAGAACCUUGCUAGCAACGGUGGAUGAGUCGCUGCCAGUGCUUCCUGCAAGCACCCACAGAGAGAUUGAGAUGGCCCAGAAACUGCUGAACUCUGACCUGGCUGAGCUCAUUAACAAGAUGAAGCUGGCCCAGCAGUAUGUCAUGACCAGCCUGCAGCAGGAGUACAAGAAGCAAAUGCUGACAGCCGCUCACGCUCUGGCAGUGGAUGCCAAGAACUUACUGGAUGUCAUCGAUCAAGCCAGACUGAAAAUGAUCAGCCAGUCGAGGCCACACUAAGCACCAAGGGAAGAAUUUCAUCUGUCUGUUAUAGAAUUCUGCUUGCGAAAGGAUUAGUUCACCUUCCACCAGCAGUGAGGAUUAACCCAGUGUGGUCCUGGCUUUCCAGCGCCUCUUGCUUCAGCAGCCCUGACUGACAGCUGUUGGUUCUCUCCCAUUACAAAAGGUUAACCACGUUUUUUUUCUCACAAAGCCAAGCUGGCCUGGGAUUCAGAAAGCGGCAUUAUCACCAGAUGAAGUUUGUACAGAAGUCCUUGGGAAAUGACGGCUUUGGAGCAGCGCGGUUCGUUCCAUCGCAUCGGCCGUGCUCAGCCCAGAGCUGGGGUGGAGUUUUGGAGCCGGAACUGUUGGAGCAGCAGAGCGGAGCGAGAUAUUGUGAAGAAUUCUGGGAAACCUCAGGGCUGAGAAUUCUUGCCCACAGUAUAUGAACUAUCUAGACUGGAAUUUUUUUUAUUAGAACACUUACGUCGCAAUAUGCUAAUCACAAUUUACAGAGAAAGGAAAUAAAAAGCUAUAUUUUCAAGACGUCAGUCAUUUCGAGACAAACUAAAGCCCUCUUCAUCUUCCUGCCUUUUACUUUCAUGUGAAUGUGUGAUGCCUUUGGUUGGAACUAGCUGUAGGACACAACGGAAAACUCUAUUCUUUUUCACCAGAAUAACGUGCCAGUUCUUUUGUAGCAAUGUUGUUUUCCUUGGAAGCGAAAAUGCUGCUUUGUACCAGAGCAACUCAGAGCUGCACUUAAGAGGAGUCCUGUAACCAUUCAUGUCCCCCGUUUUUAUAUAAUUUAUAAAGACAGAUUAAAGCCAUGUUGAAUAUUUCAAACCCCCUGUAGUUAACUAACCCAUCCUUUUGUCUGUCUUGCCUGGGAGGAGUUACAGUAGAGCAGUGUAAUUAGAUUUUCCUUGGUUUUCCAAUUAUGCCAUCUGUUCUGUUAAAAUAAAAACCACACUCCCUUUUUGCUGUUGAGGGAUAUAAAUUAUUCUCAGGAAGAAUAUAAUGAACUGUACAGUUACUUUGACCUAUUAAAAAGGUGUUACCAGUGAAA